AUGGCGUGUCUAACACUAGGAAACGUAUUUUCCUUUACUUUUUUCGUUUGUGAAGCGAGGGAACCCCGGAGUACUUCCAUUUGUGCAAAUUACAAGAACUUGAGGGCCUAGCAGCAAAAAGCUGGAGACCACACGUCCACACGUGACAUUCCUCAAUUCGUCUCCGCAUUCAUCCCGCCGGAGAACAGCCAUCGAUCUGCCUCGGAAGUCGCGGGCCGCCGCUGGCGGCGUCGCCGGAACAUGGCGUCGCGGACGCUCGCCAAAGCAGUUCAGGAGCUGCCGCAUCGGUCUCGCUUGGCCUGGAGGACCAUUGAAGUCAGCGAGGCGGGCAAGGCGGGGCAGGCCGAGAAGGCCCUCGACAUGUUCGAGGCAAUGCCCGUGAAGAACCAGGUCGCCUGGAACGCCGCGCUGGCCGCGCUCGUCGACGCCGGCCGCACCGACUGGGCGUUCUCCUUCUUCCGGGAGAUGCCCAGGAGAAACGCCACCUCCUACACCACCAUGAUCGGGGGCCUCUCCCACGCCGGGGCGGCCGCCAGGGCGCGCGGUCUCUUCGACGAGCUGCCGCUUGAUCAGCACAACGUCUUCACCUGGACAGCCAUGGUGUCGUGCCAUGUCCGGAACGGCGAGCCUGACAGGGCGUUGGAGCUUUUCGUGGCGCUCUAUGGCGAGCUCUUUGCGCGCAAGAUGCUGCCGAACGCCCACACGUUCAGCUCGCUGCUCAAGGCCUGCGUCGGAAUCCAGUCGCUUACCAUGGCGUUGCAGCUCCAUGCAGUCAUCUUCAAGCUCUUGGACGAGGAGAACAGAGAUUGCUUCGUGUGGAAUGCCUUGAUUGAUGCACACGCGAAACUGGGCUCACUGUCGGAUGCGGAGAAGGUGUUCUACGAGAUGCAGUACAGGGACAUCUGCUCUUGGAACAUCAUGAUGGAUGGAUACUCUCGGCAUAACCUGAUCAACAGGGCUUUUGAUCUCUUCAGAAUGAUGAGGAAAAGGGAUGUAUUCUCAUGGAAUAUCAUCAUACACCGCUUAUCAGAGAAUCGCCGUGGAGAAGACGCACUCCACCUUUUCAUUGAUCUGGUCAGAUUGGAUAGCCACUGUGAUGGCAAUGGCAAGCUGAACGCGUCAAUAUACACAACAGCUCUGCACAUCUGCUCAGUUCUGGCCUUGCUCGAGCUUGGGAGGCAAGUCCAUGCGCGAACUGUCAAGGACGGCCUCUGUCAGAGUAACGUCUUCGUCUGCAAUUCUCUGAUCAGCAUGUACAGCAGCUGUGGCGCGACAUUUGAUCUGGAGCAGGCGUUCGACGAAAUGACGGUCAGAGACGUCAUAUCAUGGAACACGGUGAUACAAGGGCUUGGCCAGAACGGCCUUGGGAGGCAAGCCCUGGCGGUCGCAGAGCGUGCGCUGGAACAGAAGAUGUACAAUGGCAACACCUUCAUCGUCAUCUUGACAUCCUGCAGCCACGCGGGGCUGGUCACGGAGGGGCUGGGCUACUUCGACGCCAUGACCGAGAAGCACUGCGUGGAACGGACGCUUGACCACUACAUCAGCGCCAUUGAUCUUCUGGGCCGUGCAGGGAGGCUGGAAAAGGCGUAUGACCUGCUCCGGAGCAUGCCGUUCACGCCAAACGCAGUGGCGUGGUCUACUCUUCUGCAUUCCUGCCUGGCUCACAAGAACAGCGUCCUGGGGAGCAUUGUGGCCCAGGAGCUAAAAGCGGCGCAUCCCGACGGCGGUGGGAACUACAAGAGACUGGUGCAGGGCUGCAGAGGAGGCGGCGAGUCUAGUGAGCCACCGUAUGGGAACGAGAAGAGUGUCAAUCACACUCCUGGGUGCAGCUGGGUGACUUUGAGUUUCUGAACCUCAAAGACCCUUCAGUUCAUGCCCUAAGCAAACUUGCUUCUGUUUCUUCAGCUUUGGCCUGCCAAGAAUCUGCAUCAAAGCUUGCGAUUUGCAAAGCUGUGCUAGUCAUAAUGAGAGGCUUCGAUCCAUGAAGCGAAUCGGAAUAUCGGAUGAUGACAAGAGAUAGGCUACAGAAGCGUUCAGAAACAUUAAUUCAGGCAAUCUGCUACGGUGAAUCAGUGAGUAAAAUCAGAACAAGAUGAACCGGCUGAAGCAUUCUCAUCAAAAUGAGAUUUGAUAAUAAGGUCCCUUGAAACAUGGAAAUACUAUUGGGGAGACCACGGGCAGCGCAGUGGUUAUUAGCAAGCAGUUACAUUCACAUUUUCUUUUUUCGUGACCAUAGAUUUACAUAAAAGGGGAUGCCAGGAAGGAAUGAACUACAUCAAUAUUUGGACGAGAAGCUGUAUAGAAUAAAUAGUCUGUAAAAAGGCAUAAUGCCUGAUCGUGAGUCGUGGAAAUCAUUCUUCGGAUA